UGUCGCACCAGUGACAAUGCGCUCUUAUGCUGUAAAUAGUUUUAUUUUAUAAUGGAUUAUUAUUUUUGAAGCUGUUUUUCAUUUAAAAUAAUCUGAUAAUUGCUGAAGAUCUGAAAAAAGAAAACAUAGCAUACAUUUUUGAUUCUACUGUAUUUUUAUAGGCUAUCCAUCCUAAUUUAGGAUAGUCUUCUUUUGUAAUAACCCGUUGACGCCUGAAACAGGAAAAACUAUUCGGCAUUGCAAGAUUUUUGACUUGUCGAGCACUUCUCUUUGUUCUGCAAACAUUUUUUUUAGAAACAUGUGGACUUUCCUUGGAAUUGCAAGUUUUACAUAUAUUUACAAAAAAUGCGACGCUCUCAUCACACAUGCUCACACGGAGCUUAUACUGGCAACUGUACUUUUUGUCACAGUCGGUACAUUAUUGACUUAUGCGAAAUACCGUGGACAGACGCUAAAAGUACCCCGUAUACUCCUUUCACCGAUAGAGAUCUUGUCGUCUUUACCUUUGACAAGCAAACUUUUUUCCAAGUCAAACACCAUCAGUCUUAAUAGAACAAAGAGCGCAUCUAAGAGGAGAAAUGCUAAGAGAAAGAGUGUGGAUUUCAAGGAUGCAUCCUGCACAGAAAGUGCGACAAACUGCUCGUCUACUCCUGACACUGAACCUGACGUCAUCAUCGUGGGAGCUGGGGUUCUCGGGGCAGCUAUGGCAGCGGUUCUGGCUCGAGAUGGCCGACGAGUCACUGUUGUGGAAAGGGACCUGCGUGAACCAGACAGGAUUGUAGGAGAACUCUUACAGCCUGGCGGCUACCGGGCACUGAAAGAUCUGGGGCUAGAAUGUGCAGUCGAGGGGCUGGAUGCCCAUUUGGUGAAUGGAUAUGUGAUCCAUGACUUAGAGAGCAGCACAGAAGUGGAAAUCCCAUACCCACAGGAUGAGAAGGGCGUCCACUGCGGACGAGCUUUCCAUCACGGGCGUUUCAUUAUGGGCCUGCGCCGCUCAGCUCUUGCUGAACCCAACGUUAAGUUUAUUGAAGGCACUGUUGUAAGUCUAGAGGAAGAGGACGGUUGUGUCUCAGGCAUCCAAUACAGGGAAAAAGAAACUGGAACCACUAAAGAGAUCUAUGCACCGCUAACUAUCGUUGCAGAUGGCUGCUUCUCCAAAUUCCGUAAAGCACUGGUGUCUGGGAAGGCUAGGAUCUCCUCUCAUUUUGUUGGAUGCAUAAUGAAGGAUGCUCCGCAGUUUAGGUCGAACCAUGCGGAGCUGGUGCUGGCCGACCCCAGCCCUGUGCUCAUUUACCAGAUCUCCUCCACUGACACCAGGGUUCUGGUGGACAUCAGAGGAGAGAUGCCCCGUGACCUCUCUGGAUACAUGUCCGAAAAAAUCCAUCCUCAGCUGCCAGAGCACAUCAAAGAGCCUUUCAUGAGUGCAUUGCAAAACGAUCGCUUGAGGUCAAUGCCAGCGAGCUUUCUGCCACCUUCACCAGUCAACAAACCAGGGGUCCUACUCUUGGGAGAUGCCUACAACAUGAGACAUCCUUUGACAGGCGGAGGCAUGAGCGUGGUGCUUAAUGAUGUCAAGAUCUGGAGAAACUUACUCAAGGAUAUUCCUGAUCUCUAUGACGACCAUGCCAUGCUACAGGCCAAGAAGAAAUUCCACUGGGAACGGAAGUCCUCCCAUUCUUUUGUUGUGAACGUGUUGGCCCAAGCUCUGUAUGAGCUGUUUGCCGCGACAGAUGAUUCGCUGCACGAGCUGAGAAGGGCUUGCUUUCACUAUUUCAAACUUGGUGGAGAAUGCAUCAAUGGACCAAUUGGACUGUUGUCAGUGCUGUCACCCAAACCCAUGACCCUGAUUGGACACUUCUUCGCUGUGGCCCUUUAUGCCAUUUAUUUCAACUUCAAGUCUGAGUCCUGGCUGACCAAACCACGAGCCUUAUUCAAAAGUGGAGCCAUCCUGUACCGUGCCUGCACCGUCAUGUUCCCACUCAUUUACUCUGAAGUCAAAUACCUGGUGUACUGAGCCAAGGCUUAUUCUGCACAAAACCGGUUUCAAAAAGGUUACGACAGUUGGCCUUACAGUAGUCCUGGAUCACACUACGUGAAUUCAGUACGUCAUACUGGUGCAAAGUUUAUUGGUUGAGAAACCUAAACCCCACCCACUUAGACUCACCUCCCAUCCCCUCUUUUUGGCCUUAUCAUCACUAUCAGAUUUGUGAGGAUUCACAAGUUCACACUAAUGCACCACUGUAUGGGACCAUCUCCAACAGGAACCUGUUAUGUUCAGAUCUGUUUGUUUAGUUGUAUAACGCCUCGUUAGAAGAACUAAUGCUUUUUCAAGCGAACAAAAAGACAGAGACCCAGUUUAGCCCCACUUCCAAAUGGAAUUCUCAUUUAUGUUAUUCUUAUUGAACCAAGUUCAUUUCUUCAUAUUGACAAACGUGUUAAGUGCUGCUUCAGCAUUGGAGCCCUUCAGUGAACGUGUAUGGAGAGAAACAUGAAAGUAAUUAUUCCCUGAAGGAAAAUCAAGACCCACGCCUUAUUUUCGAAAAAAAAAAAAAAAAGGACAAAGAGCACAUUGACUUCGUGUGCGUCUCAUCUCAUACGUGAUACUUGGCGACGUUGUAAAGCUACAAUUCAGAUAAUUCUUCAAGUCUUCGUUGUUUGAUGUUGUUGUCGAGCAGAGACACUAGUGCAAUACAUUUGCACUGUAAAAGGCACAAGUAAUAUAAUAACACUGCACUUUCUUCGCCUUGCAAAAUCUCCCUUUUGCCUUACAGACUGGCAUGGAAAAUAUCCUGCAGUCAGCGCUGGAAAAAAAAAGGCCGUUUUUCUGUGCUACAUAACCUUUGGGACUACUGACACCAGCUGCAGGCUGAGCCUAUUAAAAUAAGACUGUUUGGAACAAAUUUGCAAACAUGUAUUUUUUCAUAAUGAGACCUGGUUCUAUGAAAAUGUGCUUUUGAACGCUUUAAGUAAGUCAUGUAAAUAAUGUAUAUUUGAAAUAUGAAACUGGAAAAAAAAAAAAAAAAAAAUCAAACAGUCAAAUCAAGAGUCAUGUGAUGUAAGCGUCUGGAUUCUCUGGGAAAAUGAAAUUGCUGAGAGCUGACAGACAGGAGAAUAUGAACAUUUAUGGUUUUGUUGUGAAUCUGCUCUGUGAUAAUGUACAGACAGCUUACAUUAAAAUAAAUUUUCUGAUAAUAUUCUGAA